GCGAUCAUCGCUGCUAUGCGGCCCCGGUUUCUGCCCCGUCCGACUUCAAUCCCCACCUCAUUCCUCUCCUCAUGUCUCGCCACCGGCGCCGCGCCGCCGCCGCCUCGUCUCCUCCUCCUCGUCCGCCUCAACGCGCCUCGACCUACUUCUUCCACCGCAUGCUCGUACGGCUGCGGCAGUAAGGGACGACGUUGUGUUUGCACGGUCUCUCAAAUCGCUGGAUCUUGGGGUGCGGAGCCCUUUUUCGCCAUCCAUGGAAGUUUCUUCGCCAGAAACCUGCGGUUCAGGGCGACGGCGAUGACGGCGGCUGCUGCCGUGCGAACCGCCGCGCCUAAUUCUGCCGAAAGUGGGGAGCAGAGCAGCAUUUCCAGCUGUGAGGUAGAGCAGCGUGUCUCUUCUCAACUUCUCUUGGGCUGGAAGGCUGCUCCUAAAUAGCAGCGCUCUCUGAUGAUCCGAUCAUUUUGUGGUGGAUCUUGUCACAGAUGGCCAUGACAUGCCAGGGCAGUUCCAAGAGGUGGACAGUUCAUUACCUGAACUAGGUGGAUGAAAUUUGCCUGCACUACUCCCUGAGGUGUUGAGUUCAUGCUUAUCUUGAACCCUACGUGGCCCAGAUUAGCACUGAACACGUUUUUGGAGGUUUGCGUGUCAACGUUUCUUCUCAUUAACUGUGAUUCUUGCUCACCACCUUAUAGCAGAAAACAACUCUGUACUCGUGCAGUCUGUUUUGUCGGGCAUAAUUUAAACAUCACAUACUGGCAAUACCAAAUAGCAACCUGUCUUCCUGUACUAUCUAGUAGUCGUGCAGACCACAGUUUGCCUACAUUUGGAACAUGUCAAAGGUGCAUUAUUUAGCACUUAGCAACGCGUGCUGUUUUAAACUAAGAUAGACAAGGCAUCAACUUGUCUGAGGCUGUGGUGGCCAUGUGAGUACAUGGGUUCUGCAGAGAUAAAUAUACUUUUUGUCUGUGCCGUAUUCUCAAGUUUCACAUGUAAUUGAGCAACUUUGCCUCUGCUACUGAAGGAUCACACCACAGAUUCUUACAGAAACAGGUAUUAGCUUUUAAUAUCUGGAAUUUCGCAAGCUAGAACCCGCUGCACUGAGACUUAUAAGUUAGUUUUUGUAAGUUGCUUAUGUUCUAAGCAAGUAAACGUUGCAGCGGAAGAAGUGAAGCAUCUAUUGAUGAUUAUAAUGCAUGUGUGGUGGAUCAUGCUGCAGUCAGCACACAUACCAGCACAGCAACAGUGCUGCACGGCAAUUGAGGCGAAGGUGCAGCUGUCAUAAGUUGAGAAGCAAAUUGACAGGCUGUUUGAAGGUUGAUGAAACAAGACAGCGAUGCUCCACGAGGUGUUGACUGUUGAGUUCAUGCUUAUCUAGAUGUCGUCUGGAUCUAUCAUGACUGAGCGUGUUUCUGUAGGUGGAUGAAACUUGCCGGUGGUACAACAUGAGGUGUCGAGUUCAUGUUUAUCUUGAAGCUGCCUGGCCCAUAUUAGCAUUGAACACGUUUUUGGAGAUAUCAGAGACAUACCAGGAAAGCAACAGUGCUGCAUGGCAAUUGAGGCGAAGGUGCAGCUGACAUCAGUUGAGAACCAAAUUGACAGGCUGUUGGAAGGUUGAUGAAACAGGACAACGAUGCUCCAUAAGGUGUUGAGUUCAUGCUUAUCUAGAUGUUACCUGGACUGGGCAUGUUUCUGUAGGUUGAUGAAACAAGACAGCGAUGCUCCACGAGGUGUUGAGUUCAUGCUUAUCUAGAUGUUACCUGGACUGAGUGUGCUUCUGUAGGUGGAUAAAACUUGUCAGUCGUACUCCGUGAGGUUCAUGCUUAUCUUGAAGCUGACUGGCCCAUAUUAGCAUUGAACACGUUUUUGGAGGUAGCAGAGACAUACCAGCACAGCAACAGUGCUUCACGGCAAUUGGGGCGAAGGUGCAACUAUCGGAACCAAAUUGACAGGCUGUUGGAAGGUUGAUGAAACAAGACAGCGAUGCUCCACGAGGUGCUGAGUUCAUGCUCAUCUAGAUGUUACCUGGAACGUAUCAUGUCCGAGAGUGUUUCUGUAGAUUUAUGAAACAAGACAGCAAUGCUCCACGAGGUGUUGAGUUCGUGCUCAUCUAGAUGUUGCCUGGACAGUAUCAUGACUGAGCGUGUUUCUGUAGGUAAAGUCAGCUCUUCCCCCUCUCUUAACAACUUCUUUUUUCAAUAAAGCUCUUAGCAUAUUAGGUGCACUAGCCAUAUGGGAUGUAAUCUGAUGCAUCCUAUGCUUCCAUGAAUCUUGCUCCCUCGUGCAUUCUAUUUCUUUUUCUUGAAUAACCAAAACAUGACAAAUAGGCAAUACUAAUUACAUACAUACAUGUAUCUCAUUAUCAUAUUAUUAUGAAGUACUACUCAUGGGGUUGUAACAGUUGUUGGAGCUCAGCGAUAGAGCGCUAAUUUAUCCAAUCAAACUUGUUAUAUAUUCUCUUCUCAGAGAAAAUAGGAUGCAGUCAGAGUCCAUGUCAAGAUCCCAUGUUAUUACUUUCUACAUUACUGCACCUAGAUUCAUGGCCUUCUAUAGUUCCCAAGAUCCGAUGAGCUCGUGCUCCUGUUAUGUUUUCCAGUACUCCCUUCGAUCCAUAUUAAUUGUCGCUGAUUUAGUACACUAUGAGCUCAGAGCUCGUGCCCCUAUUAUGUUUUCCAAUACUCUUUUCGAUCCAUAUUAAUUGUCGUUAAUUUAGUAUUAAGUUGUACUAAAUCAGCAACAAUUGAUAUGGAUCGGAGGGAGUAGUAAAAUAUGACAUUUAUGAAAUAGCUCUCAUAAGAAAUGUUACUCUAGUUUGAUUCGAGACUAUUAGUUUAGCCAUCAACUAAAGAUUUGAAGCGUCUAUUAAGAAUUAUAGCGCAUGUGUGGUGGACCAUGAUGCAAUUAGCAGACAUGCCAAGAAGACAACAGUGCUGCUGCACGAGGGUUGAGGUGCGGGUGCAACCAUCACACGUUGACAACCAAAUUGCCAGAAGGUAUUUUGCCAAUCUGGAUGAUGAGACGAACCACUCGUGCGAAUACUUUGACAUCUAUAGGCGAGACAUGUACACGCACUCGAUCUCACUCAUUGAUGUCAGUUGCACUAACCAAAAUAAGAGAGCUCCAGUUUCGCGCGGAUGAUUAAGCCGCAGCGGAGAACUUGCUCCAUUAUCAAUUCCUUGUGGCUCUCGACUAUAAAUAGAGCGGGGUACAAAGGGUUGAGCACCGACAAAACACAUCUGCUCUUCACUUUCUCUUCCAUCAUUACAAUCAGAAAUAGCAGAUCAUCAGUUGAGUUCAUCCAUUAGAAACAUGGCCUGCCAUCAAAGAUCUGCGAGUCUGCCUUCCAUCCCCCACUCCACCGAAUCCAAAGUGGAGGUGGAGCUGCAGGGCCUGCAGACACGCAUCUCCAUGCCUUCCGCGACCAUCGACACGAUGUGCGGCGGUCUGAGCAGGCUCGGAGACAUCUACAGCUCCAUAGAAGAGAUCAUGAGCCUGCCCAGCAACCAAAUCGGCCUCUCCCUGCCCCUGCAGAGGAAGAUGGUCGAGGAAGAGCUUGACAGAUCACUUGUCCUGGUGGAUCUUUGCAAUGCCAUGCAGGAGAGCCUGGCAGAGCUGAAGAUGAGCAUCCAGGACUUGCGGCUCGCCCUCAAGAGGGGAGAUGGCGUGGCUGUUCAGCUCAAGAUCGAGUCUUUUGUUCGCCUGGCGAAGAAGGCGCAGAAGCCUUUCAAGAAGAUCACAAGCGGCAAGGCUACCGCCGAAGGCUGCGGGGCGGUCAGGCUAUUGGCAGAAGCAAGAGACAUGGCGGUCUCUCUGCUUGAAUCCGCGCCGCGCCUCCUGCUGAAGCAAAUUGGGGUUGCCAAUGGAAGCAGAUGGUCUCUGGUCUCACAGAAGUUCCAGAAGAAGAGGGUUGUCUGCGAGGCGGCGCAGCUGCAAGCGCUGGAGCGCAGUGUAGCGGAUCUCGAGAACGGUGUUGAGUCCCUGUUCAGGAGGUUGAUUCCGAGCAGGGUUUCACUCCUGAACAUCCUUAGCUCCUAGAUGCUUCUCAACCCUCAAGCCUUGUUACUCCACACAUCUUUUGUACAUUAUACCAAACAUACAUAAUCGAAUGAUGAUUACACAGUUUUGAUCA